AUGAACUUAAUGGAAAUGGAUGAACCAACAAAAAUAGCUAUGGAAUACAUUGAAACAUUUCGUGGAUUACACAAAAAUAAACGUCAGAAGCUCAACAGUGGCACUCCAGCACUGAGACCAUCUAAUUUUCCUGGAAUUUCAACACAACAGCUAUGUGAUAUUCUGGUUCGCUCUGCCUAUGAUAGAAGCUGUGUUGAUGAAACGUAUCGAGAUCAUAUUCUGGAACUGGUUGUAGAUGAGUCCUUAACCUGGGAUCAAGUACUCCACAGCAUCGUAAACACAACUUGUGAUCGUUUGUAUAUGAAGGGCCAGAUGUGUGAACUAAUACAGGAUAUGAUUGGUUUUGUACAAAUCAAAUCAUUCGAAAGUAAGGAACAUGCUGACGAACUUAGUCCCGUGAUAAUGUCAACUGUGACGUUUGUAACAGAUUUGAUCUUGACUUUUCUUGAUGAUGAAGAUGAAUUGGAUACAAUGCAAAUCGACUACGACGAUGAAAAUCGGGCGUAUCAGAAACCUCUAGAAGCUUUGAGCGCUUUGAUGCACGAUGGUUUAUGUGGUGCACUGUUUACGAUGGGGGAAAAUUCUGAUGAAGUUUUGAAACAACUUCUAGACUGUCACGAUGCAUUUUUAAAACUUGAAAAGCAUGAUGAGGAAGGGACUUCACUAAUAGAACUUCUUGUUGAAAAACAGGACGAAAACAGGCAACCAAAGGAAUAUGAAUAUGAACCAGAGGGACUGGCUGUCUAUGAUCUCAAAAAUCCAUCAAUAAGAAUGUUAGUCCCUGUAUUCUCGUGCUUCAUAAACCACAAAUCGAGUAAACACAUGGCUAACGUUAUUCAAACAUUCAUUGAACUAAUGAGGCUGCCCGGUGAAUCAGUAGUGUUCGAUCUCAUACAUGCUUCGGUUUUACUGAUGUACGAGGAAACAAUCGAUCUUUUACAUCUUCCAAAAAAGAAUCGUCCAGACUAUCGAUGGCAUGCGACAACUUUCUUCUACAAAACCCUCCCUCUUAUCAUCAAUCAUUUGAUCGAUGAAGAUAUUAUCGCGGUGGAAGAUUUGGAAGAAGGAUUGGAGGAAGCGCUUAACCGCUUGACAAUGUUAAUGGAUUCCGUCGACGUCAACUGGCAGAACGCGUCUUACCUCACUCUUCUUAAUUCAUUAGUGUCUAUUAUCGGAGAAGAAACAGCUAAUCCAUUACGACAGCGCCGUCGGGAGCACAUGAAAACUACUGCAAAUCUGGUAAUGUUCUCCGAUACUGAUUACAAACCAAUCGAUAGUUCCGAUGUUGCAAAAUUGCAAAUCGCGAUAAAAGAAGUAAAGAUUUGGCAAUCCGGACGAAGAGAUGAUUUUCUCAAUCUGUUUCUUAGCAAAGUCACCCGUGGUGAAUUUGAUGAAUUCGAUGCAGUAACUUCUGUUUUAACAUCAGAAGGUAAACUUCUGGAAAUUGGGAAAGCUUUUGCACUGAAAAAUAAGUUUGCUCAAUCAUCAUCAAUGCUUAUCAGCGCCGAGGAACGAAUCCGAGUUUUUGAUGACACAUUCAUUCUACUUUCAAGAAUUAUUAUCCGGAAUCCUGGAUUGUCAAUAGGUCUGUUUGUCAAUGGUGGUCGCGGAAAGACGGAUGCAGAGUUAGCGAUGUUCUUCAAAUGGUCAAUGUGGUAUGUGAAACGAGUGCCGAAGACUAGGAAAGAUCAAGAAAAAACUGAGGAAGAACUCGUUUUGCUGAGAAAAGAAGUGGAGAUGUUGGUGCAACUAUUGAAUGCAGAACUUGGAAUUGAUGAAGAAGAGGAAGAAGAAGAGGUGAAAAAAAUGUCAGAAGUCAAAGAAGGCAGCGUAAAACAAGAUACAAAAAAACUAACUGCUAAAAAGACUGAACAACCGGCCACGGGAACAUCUGAGCAUGUUGAUGAUGAAGAAAUGUCGGAUGAGGAAGACAAGGAGGAAGAAGGAGAACAUCGACAGCCACAGGAGAAUUACGAUGAGGAAAAAAUGGAUACUUCGGAAAUUUUUUCUGCGCCCGUCAAUAAAUUAGCUUUCCCAACAAUUCCGAAAGUUCCAAUAGUCGUUGGCGAAACAACAGAGUCUACAAAAACGGACAGCAAUGAACCAAUAGUUACAUGGCGUCAAAUUCACUGCCCUUUUCCCAGAAUCACAAAAAAGAGAGCACGGGUUUAUCUCGCUCAACUGAAAGGAGGAAGACCAUUCUGGCGAUCAGAUGAUCGAAAUUUAAAUCUUGGUUCAAUACUGGCAGCAAUACCGAAAAUUGGAGAACUUCUAGUAGAAGAACAUCAAGAGAAAAAGUCACACAGGGUGGAUAGAAAAACAGUUGAAGACCACAUGACGAGUAUCAUAUACGGAAUUGACUCGAUGCCUUGUUUCUUUCUCUGCCUUGUUCAAUGGGUUGACUGCGAGCCAGAUUCGGCUGCUCGGACCGCACUAGCGAUUACAAUAAAGAAUGCUCUUGAGAAACGAAUAAAUUCAUCGAUCGCAUCGAUAGCAGACGACAGAAAUCUGUCUAAAUGGAGAUUCGUCAAAUCAACAGUGCUCGAAAUGAUCAAUGAAAUCGUUGAUAAAUCCAUAGUUUUCCCUGAAGUCACUUGCAAUGCUUUCAGCACAGCUCGAAGAUUUUGUCCAGUUGUUUAUAGAGACGAGAUACCAGAUCAAGUUAAAACGAAGCAUGCAUGGAUUUAUAUGCGACAGCAACAAUGGACAAGUCCUCACGCUCUCAGAAUUCUUGAACAUUAUAACCACGCCAGAGAGUUCAAGAGCUGGUGUCAUAUGUUCAUCAGUAAGACAAUUCAAAUUCAAUGCGGUGAAAUAAUGCAAAACUCUGUCGACAUGAUUCUAGCUGUUUGUAUGACUGAUGAUGUCAAUAUAAUUAUUAGAAUGCAGGAAAGUUUGAUGGAUCACUGGUUCAGUGAAGACGCUACGCUUACUCAAAUAGAUGGACGGUUCGAUUCGCUGGCAUUGACAGCUGUUAUUAGAUUGAUAGCUAAUGUUAUGAUGUAUGCUGAAUUGAUUCUUGAUCGUCUCUUGAAUAAUGGUCCUCCAAUAAGAGACCCGCUGCCAUACGGAGAGAUUGAGGCACCAGGAUCAGAAGAUCCAGAGAAUCGAGAGAAAUGGAUUUACUUGUAUCGAAGUUUGUUGGAUCGAACAGUUAAUCGGUUGUUCAAAAUUCUAAGAAAAGGUGUUCUCUGUACCGUCAUAAACGCCAUCAUUCGACUCAUCAAGGCUAUCGCUGGAGCUGCAGACUGCAAGGGCAAAAGUCUUCUAAUCAAACGCAUCCCCCCUGAAAUGAUUUUCCAACUGGCAUAUAUCGAGCCGGAGUCUGUCGACUACACACUCAUGGAUGCUUAUUGUGAUCCCGACAACGAGGAGCACGAUAGAGUCAAGAUAAUGUUUCUCUGUGCUCAACGACGCAAAAAUGUAAUAUAA